UCAACUACUUCAGCUCAAAUCUUCCUUCUCUAUUGUAAACAGAGAUUUGAAGAAAGGGAAACACUUAAAGAUUAUAAAUCAAGGAGAGAAAGAAAAAAGAGGGUGUUAACUUAAUUCAUCAUUCCAAAUUCAUUGGUCUCUAGACUCUUGUAUCAUUCAUGGAACAACCUUCUUUGUCUUACUUGACAUUUGAUUGGACUUAUGAUGUCUUUCUCAGUUUUAGAGGCAUCGAUACUCGAAACAACUUCACUGGUAAUUUGUAUAACUCUCUUCAUCAAAGAGGUAUACACACUUUCAUUGAUGAUGAAGAAAUUCAAAAAGGAGAAGAAAUCACGCAUACUCUUCUCCAAGCCAUUAAACAAUCUAGGAUUUUCAUUGCUGUUCUCUCUAAUAGCUAUGCAUCUUCAACUUUCUGUUUGACUGAACUUGUAAUGAUCCUUGAGUGUUCCAAGUCACAAGGAAGGUUGUUUUUGCCAGUUUUUUAUGAUGUGGAUCCGUUCCAAAUUCGACACCUAACUGGGGCUUAUGCUGAGGCUUUUGCAAAACAUGAGGUGAGAUUUAGAGAUGACAAAGAUAAUAAAGUGCAGAAAUGGAAGGAUGCUUUAUGUCAAGCUGCUAGUGUCUCUGGAUGGCAUUUUAAACCAGGGUUUGAAUCUGAAUAUAAGUUUAUUCGAAAGAUAGUUGCAGAGGUCUCUAUAAAGAUCAACCGCAUUCCUUUGCAUGUUGCAAACAACCCAGUUGGGCUAGAGUCUCGAAUAUUAGAAGUGACAUCUCUCCUUAGACUUGAGUCGGAUGAGAAAGUUAGCAUGGUAGGCAUUUAUGGAAUCGGUGGAAUUGGAAAAUCAACAACUGCUCGUGCUGUUCAUAACUUGAUUGCUGAUCAAUUUGAAGGUGUGUGUUUUCUUGCUAACAUAAAAGAGAGAGCAAUUCAUCAGAGUCUUGCACAGCUCCAAGAAACACUACUUUCUGAAAUACUUGGGGAAAAGGAUAUUAAAGUGGGAGAUGUUUAUAGAGGAGUUUCAAUAAUUAAAAGGAGGCUUCAAAGAAAGAGAGUCCUUUUGAUUUUGGAUAAUGUUGACAAAGUGCAACAUUUACAGGCACUUGUAGGAGGACAUGAUUGGUUUGGCUUCGGCAGCAAGAUCAUAAUCACUACAAGGGACAAGCAUUUGUUGGCCACUCAUGGGAUUUUGAAAGUCUUUGAGGUUAAACAACUAAAAGAUGAUAAGGCUCUCGAGUUAUUUUGUUGGCAUGCAUUUAAAAAUCAAAAAAUUGAUCUAGGUUAUGUGGAUAUUGCAAGACGUGUAACAUCUUAUUGUCAUGGUCUUCCCUUGGCUUUGGAGGUAAUUGGUUCUCACUUGUUUGGAAAAUGUUUAGCUGUAUGGAAGUCCUCAUUAGAUAAAUAUGAAAGAGUCAUUCGUCAAGACAUCCAUGAAAUUCUUAAAGUUAGCUAUGAUGAUUUGGAAGAAGAUGAGAAGGGUAUCUUUCUAGAUAUAGCUUGUUUCUUCAAUUCUUAUGAAAUAAGCUAUGUCAAAGAAAUACUAUAUUUGCAUGGUUUUCAUGCAGAAGAUGGCAUACAAGUGCUAACCGACAAAUCUCUCAUUAAAAUUGACGUUAAUGGUUGUGUGAGAAUGCGUGACUUAAUUCAAGGCAUGGGUAGAGAAAUCGUGAGGCAGGAAUCAACAUUGGAGCCUGGAAAGCGUAGUAGAUUAUGGUUUAGUGAUGACAUUGUUCAUGUUUUGGAAGAAAACAAGGGAACUCAUACAAUUGAAGUUAUGAUCGUCAACUUGAACAAAGACAGAAAAGUGAAAUGGAGUGGAAUAGCCUUUGGACAGAUGAAGAACUUGAGAAUUCUUAUAAUUAGAAAUGCACGAUUUUCUAGAGGUCCUCAAAGUCUUCCAAAUAGUUUGAGAGUGCUUGAUUGGAGCCGAUAUCCAUCCUCUGCUUUACCAUCUGAUUUUAAUCCCAAGAAUCUUGCCAUACUUAACAUGCCUGAAAGUUGCCUUAAAUGGUUCGAAUCACUCAAGGUUUUUGAGACAUUGAGCUUUCUGGAUUUUGAAGGAUGCAAAUUCCUAACUGAAGUACCUAGCUUAUCUAGAGUACCAAAUUUGGGGGCGCUAUGUCUUGACUAUUGCGCUAACUUAAUUAAAAUUCAUGACUCAGUUGGGUUUCUUGAUAGACUUGUGUUAUUUAGUGCUCAAGGAUGCACCCAAUUACAAAGUUUGGUUCCCUAUAUCAACUUGCCAUCUCUAGAGACUUUAGAUCUUAGGGGUUGCUCGUGUCUUGAGAUCUUCCCAGAAGUACAAGGAGUGAUGGAGAAUAUUAAAGAUGUUUAUUUAGACCAAACUAUCCUAAAACAAUUGCCUUUUACAUUUGGAAAUCUCGUUGGUCUCCAACGGUUGUUCUUGAGGGGAUGCAAAAGGAUGAUUCAGCUACCAAGCUACAUAUUGCCCAAACUUGAGAUAAUAACAUCAUAUGGUUGUAGGGGAUUUCGAUCAUCUAAAGAUGAAGAAAAAUUGAAUCCAAAAGUGUUUGCAAAUUCUAUGUGUAUUUAUAAUGAAUAUGGAAAGUCCUUCAUGUAUUCUUGUAAUAUAAGCUCCAAAGAUUUCAUAGAAGUAUGUAGUAUUUUGUGGAAUCAGCAAGGGCAUGUUCCUGCGAAUCUUGAUGUUGGGGUACUUCGUUCGAGGCUUAUAGAGGGAAGAGUAAAUGUGGAUAAGCUUAGAAGAAAUGAAUCUUCAGUGCGUUUUCGGUUCCGAACAAAAUUCCCCAAAAUUGCUUUAUGGUGUUGUGUAGAACCUGGAAAGCAUUUUGACAGCAUGGUGUUGGAUUUCAAGUUGAAUGUACUCAUCAAUGGCACUAAGCAACUCACUUCUUCCUGCCGAUACAUAUUUUAUACACAAAAUUUGACGUCCCAAAUCCUUUGUUGUGAUCUACAAUGUAAAGUGGAAGGUGUAUUUUCAGAGACUGAGUGGAACAUUGCUGAGAUUUGUGAGACAGAACAUCUCAUCAUGCCAUAUGAUUCUAAAAGGGUCAUGACCUACCAGGAUAUGACCACUAAGAAGGUUCUAGAGUGGUUCUUCGUAUAUGUCUACUUAGAAAAUAAAAUGGAAGAUUUCACGUUAUUUGACAAUCCUGUCUACUUAGAAGACAAAAAGGGAGAGUCCAUAUUAUUUGACGAUCCUAAUUUUCCUCUAUCAUAUGAACAUCAAAAGAAGAGAAAAUACAUAGAUAGAAUAAUAGUGAGAAUGUGUUGCCAGCAAAAUUAGAUAGAAUAAUAGUGUAAUCACAAAUCACCCCUUGUAUUCUAUAACUACUCUAGUUAUUUUAAUUUUGAUCUUUAUAUGUGCGCUUUAUGUCCAGAAUAUAUUUAUCUCCUUGUCUUCCUUCUCAACACAUUAAACCUA